AUGGCAGAGGCGGUGCCCGUUAGAGGAGACGUACCCGGGGCGGCGGCUGCGGCGGCAGCUGUCCCGGAGUCUGCUGCAGUCCCGGCCGCCGCUAAGAAGAAGGCCGCCCACCGGCUGCAGAAAGGCGGCGGCGGCGGCGCUACCACCGCGGCGGCGGCCGAGCAGAUCCUGGAGGCGGUGGCCGCUGUCAAGGAGCGGCAGGCGGCGGCCAAGCUCGGCGGUGCCCUGAAGAAAACUAUCUCGGCCGCGGGCUACGAACCGAUGGAGAAGGGUGGCCCGGGCAAGGGGGGUUCGGCGGCGGACACCGGGGCCGGUACCUCGGCCACCAUGCAGCCGGAACAGAAGCAGCAGGAGGCGGAGGAAGGAGAAGCUCAGCUCCGCCCCAAGGGAAGAGCAACCAAAAAGAAAGCGGCUCCCAAGAGAGCGGCGGCGGCGGCUAAAUGCACCAAGAAAGCGGCGGCCAAGAGCCCUCGGAAGAGGACGGCGGCCAAGCCCAGAAAAGCCCCCAAACGGGCGGCGGGGGGCAAGCGGGCGGCGGGGAAGAAGCGGAGGUAG